AUGAGUCAGCCUGACUCAGGUCCGCCGGUCAAUUCGCAAGGUCCUUCAAAUGGGUCAUCGUCGGCCAUGCCUUGUAAGCUCGCCGCUGCUGUUCUUUGCGAAGUUGUCCCUGCGUUCGACAUUCCGCUCAUGGCCACGUCUUGUACAUUUGUCAGGCCAAAGCGGUCCCAAUGUUCUGCAUCCGCCAAGGGUCACCGGUUCUGUCGUCCCCCAGCACCCGUACAACGCAUACGUCAAUCAGUUUUUCGCGUUUCACUAUUCCCACCAACCGCACCUGUUCUCAACCCCGCCCCCAGCCGAUCCCGCCUUAUCAUUCGAUGCCGCACCACCAACCCACGCCUCAUUACCCGCCAUCCCAUCCUGCCCACAACCACACAUACUUUUCCGCUUCGUUCGCACCGAUCCAGUCCCCUUUCGUGCCUCCCGGAAUGGCUUCUCCGUUCCCUGUUCAGCCAUCCACGGGUCCUUUGCGAUACUCUGAACACCCCAUCAGAGCCUCGACUGGCGCUCUCACGUCACCCGCCAUGUCAACCCCGACGAUCCUAACCGUACGGCUACCCUCCGGCAAGCCAGUCUUCCGCUGCUGCGACUACUUCUGA